CGAAUGGAAACUAAAGCUAUACAAGAAAGGCUUCCCCAGAUUGUGGACUGCCUUCAGCCCUUAUUGUUUGUGGAAAAGUGUUUUGGCACAUUUCGUUUUCGUCAAAUAAGUGGAUCUUUGCUUCCACCCACAUUUAUGAGUAAAGCGUAUGCUAUGGCUCUGUUAAUUGUCAUCGGCAUUCCAUAUUUAGCAGCAAUAUGUAUGUCACAGUCACCGUAUGGUAUUGAUGGGAUAAAAUUCGAACUCGCGAAUGCGGCACCGGUCCUACUCGUAGUGAUUCAAUUUGUAAUAUCAAUGUUAGUGCCUUUUAUGUUUUCUAAGGAGAAUGUUAUUAUUGUGCAAUCAUUAUCCCGAAUAGAUCACCUGUUAAAUGUAGACGAAAAACACUAUAGGAAAGGCAAACGAAGAAUUCUGGUAAAAUUAAUCAUCUUCAGUAUUAUUUUAAUUCUAAGUUUGGUAUUCGAACUUUAUAACCAAGAUGUUUUAACAGUUUCGCUUGAUAACUGA